CAUAUUGACAGACGUGAAUUCUCUGUUGUAAUUUUUGUAAAUUACUGUAUUUUGAGUAAUACAAAUACAAUUUGAUUAUUAUCAAUAACUUUAAAUGGCUAUUAAACCGAACUCUAUGUUUAUAUUCAAUAACACACCACGUUUAAUUUAUAAAAUUGUUUAUUGAUGACAAAAUGUAAUAUGUUGGCGGAAUUUUGACGGAUUGUUAAAAGAAUCGUAUCUUUGAAAACUCGAGAAAAAGUGUUUUCAAAAUGCGGUGCUGCGCGCCUUCCUGUAAAAAUGACUCUAGACAUAUUUCUAAAUCUCAAGGAAUAACAUUUCACGUCUUUCCAACGGAACCAGCGCUUCGUGCUUCGUGGUUAAGAGCCGUGGGAAAGGAAACAUGGUCGCCGAGAGAGAGGAGCGCUGUGUGCUCGGAGCACUUUCUCUGUGAUGAUCUCUAUGAAACGAAGAGUGGAUUAAGGAAAGUGAGGACUGGAGCUGUACCGAUUGUGAUACAAGAUACUUCAAGCUGUGAAAUCGGUGAAUCAGCCAGUUCGAAGAUAUGCAGAAUAUGCCUCAGCGUGGAUUCGAAAUUGUAUCCCAUGAGGAUAUACAAAUUGGACAAGGCCUAUGAAAAUCUAACCGGUGUUACGUUAUCCGGUGAAGAUCUACCGCAGAUGCUGUGUGCGGAAUGCUCGAAGAGAUUAAUGAAUUGUGAUAGAUUGAGAUCAAAAAGCUUAAGAGCAAACAUGUUGCUCUUAGAAUUAUUUAAAAAGCAAGAUCUUAUAACCGUACAUAAUGUAAAAUCAAUAAACCGAGACCAGAACCAACUAACGUCCGAUUUGAUAAACAAAACAUUCGAUCCGGACCACUGCGACCUGUACAUACAGUACACGGAAGAUCAAGACGAACAGACGGACAAAAAUCCCAUACAGGAAGCCGAUAUUGAAAAUUUAGACGUUAAGAGCGAGAAAGAUGAAGAAAUAUACACGAAUGAAGUUUUCACCGAAGCGAGAGAUGAAAUCGUCAACGGUGAUGAUGUAGACGACGACUCCAACUUCGUAGUUCCAAACUAUUCAACAGACGACAGUCUACCGCUGGAGACGCAAAGGAAGAAGGUGAAAAAGAUUAAAACGAAAGAGAAGAAAGUAAGGAAGAAGAUGAAGGAUAAAACGGAACCAAAGAUAGAUAGGCGACGGAAGCCGUUUCUGAAUGAUGAUCUGAACGAAACUCUGUUCACGAUAACUGAUCUCACGUUUGAGGAACAGGUUGCUGAAAUUCACAAGAGACGGGAGUCGUCCAAUUAUAAAAACUCUAUGUUCAAGUGUACCGAGUGUUUUAAGGGUUUUUUGGACGAGACGGCGUAUAAUGGUCACAUGACGAGGCAUACGAAUCAAUGCGGCGAGUUCGAGUGCGACAUCUGCAAGACGCACUUCAAGCACCCGCACGCGUUGCGGAAGCACAUCACGGCGCACCACACGCAGCGGUUUAGCUGCAACCAGUGCCCGUACGUCACGACGCACCGACAGACAGCUAGACUACACGAGAGAUGGCACAAGGGAACGAAGUAUCAGUGUCCACAUUGUCAGGAUGAAUUUGUUAAAUUCACAACUUACAUGGGUCACAUCCGAAUAAAGCACCCGUCGGACUUUGUGUGUGCUCUGUGCGGGUACUCCUUCGUCAGCGAGAAGGGAAUCGAACUGCACAAGAAACUCAAACAUCGUCUCGAUGAUGGACAGAUACCUGAAGACGGUCCGCUGUGCGACUUGUGCAACGUGCGAUUCGUGUCGCAGGAAGCGUACAGGAGACAUCUGCACGUGUCCGCGCGCCACAACACGAGCGACUCCGAUUCGAAAGAAUCUAACAAGAUGAGAAAAGGUAGAUCUCGUAUCGUAAGAGAAAAGAGGAGAAAUAUAGAAGAUGGAGACGAUGACGAUGAGAAGAAGAAAAUAUAUCCAAGUCAGAUGAGGAAGGCCGAGGGCCCGAUACCGUGUGAACAGUGCGGUCUCCAACUAGAAGACUCGAGGGCGUACCACGGACACUUCAGACGGAUGCACCCGGACAAGAACCGAACGAAAUAUCCGUCGAUGAAGUCGCCUUGCAUGUGCGAGGUGUGCGGGAGAAUGUUCCAAAGCUACGCGCUGCUGAAGGACCACCGCUGGGUGCACACGGGCGAGCGGCCCUUCGCGUGCGAGUCGUGCGGGAAGGCGUUCCGCAUGCGGCAGCGGCUCGUCGCGCACAGACGUGUGCACGCGCCCAGGCGCGCCGCCUUCGUGUGCGCGCUGUGCGGGAAGAGCUUCAGCACGCACAGCAACCGCCAGCGACACAUGUUCAUCCACACCGGCCUGAAGCCGUUCAAGUGUGAGAUGUGCGGGAAGUGCUUCAAGCACGCGAGCGAGAAGCGCGCGCACAUCACGUACGUGCACCUGAAGAAGCCCUGGCCCAAGCGGGCCCGGGGGAAGCGGCGGGCGGACAGGCCUGGUCAGAUGGGUCAAGUUCCGGUGGGUGUGAGCGAGAUGGACAUAGCUCAGCCGAUGUGGCCGAAUUGUGACCCCAAAAUGGGCGACAUGAACAAUAUCAUCGACGAUAAACCAAUAUAUUACAAUUUGAAAAUAUAGUUUAAGGCUGAGUUGAGCGUCACAUGGUGCGGUCGAACUUGGAUGGGUGAUCGUUCUUGGAAAUUAUCUCCAAGUGUGAAUUUUGUAUUUAUAAAUAAUCACAAUUUUAUAAUUGGUUCUUAUUUAAAAUAGAACAUUUUUUUGUUACAUGGCUGAAUACUGAAUCUCUGUUU